CUGUUGUGGGUAGUUCGCAGAAGUAGCUUCUCCUUCAGACUGUAAUAGUCUGACAAGGGUUUAUUGUCUGCUAAUAGGUUUAGCAUGUUGCCUUUGAGUAUUUCUAUCCUGCCUCUAAAUAGAGCUGAUAGGAUUAGGCCUCUUGUGUAAAGAAGCCACCUUCUACCUAGGACACUGAGUUUACUCUCUCCUCAUUUUGAACCUCAUUCCAUGAACUGAUCCUGUGGUAUUUUGGGUUUGCGAGGUAUUUUCAGUCAGAAGGGAUAUAAGUGGAGGGAGUGUUGUCAUUUUUAAGCAACUGGGGAAGUGUUACGAUGGUUCACUGAGCUCCGAAUCUCAGUCUGCACAUCGCGGCAAACUAGAUCAGGUGAUUGUAUCGACAGUUGGGCGGUGUGUUGAAGCAAGCUGGUUGGACACGACUGGACUGUCCUCUUCUUCAGGGUUGGUGUCUGUAGGUCAUUAAUGCAGACUUUUAACUGACUCACAUCAAACCUCAGAGUAAGAGCAGCUAUGGGAGUACCAAACUCAAGGGAGUACACCUACUAUCAUGGCCCAAACACACCCUUGAGGAUCUUGCUGAAAAGACGCAAUGAGCCCCUGAAGAAGGAGCGUCCAAAGUGGAAGAGCGAGUACCCGAUGACGGAGGGCCAGUUGAGGAGUAAGAGGGAUGAGUUUUGGGACACAGCUCCUGCCUUUGAUGGACGGAAAGAGAUCUGGGACGCACUCAGAGCAGCAGCCCUGGCUGCGGAGUGCAAUGACCUGGAGCUAGCGCAGGCUAUAGUGGAUGGAGCCUGCAUCACCCUGCCACAAGGCUCCCUCACAGAGAGUUAUGAUGAACUGGGCAACCGCUACCAGCUCCCAGCUUACACUUUAGCCCCACCUGUCAACCUCAUCUCUGAAACGUCCUCUGAGAGCAAAGUCUCUGACUCCACACAAAAACAAGCUCAACCUCCUCCAUGCAGACAAGAGUUCCAGCUGCGGGUACGAUUGUCAACAGGAAAGGAUGUGCGUCUGACAGCCAGCAUGGCGGACUCCAUCGCCGAGCUAAAGAAACAAUUGGAAGAACAGGAGGAAAUUGACGUGACUCGCCAGAGGUGGUUCUUUUCCGGGAAGCUCCUGACUGACAAGACUCGUCUUCAAGACGCCAAGAUCCAGAAGGACUUUGUCGUCCAAGUGAUUGUUAAUACGAACCCUACGGUCAUAGCUAACUGAGGGGUGAGACAGGCGGCUAUGAAGAGAAGAAAAUAUAAAGGACGUGCC